CACUCGAGGUCCAUACAACUGGCCGCUAGAAUGAGUGGGAGAGAUUUGAAGAAAUUUGUUCUUGAUCAUAGAGCUAAUUCAACUGCAGAUAGACUUGUGAAUCGUUUCUUGAGCCGGCAGACUACAUCUGCUGGCACUUACAAAGAAGUCGACUAUGAGCUUUUGAAAACAGAGGCACAGAACAUGAGAAAGAAAGCAGCCUCAACGCUAGGAAGGCUGAAACGUUUAGCUUGCGUGUCGACACAAGGGCGUGAAGAACAGCUUAUGAAAAGACACCGUAUGGUGUGGUACAAAGAGAAUCAACGAUUGAUUGAACUAAAAAGAAAUAUAGAGAAACAGUUGGAGUAUUUCAUGCGGGCAGCAGUCGAGACUCAUUCAGAUUUGAGUGAAUUCAUGAGAAAUGCGAGAGCUUUCGCGAAGGUGCUAGAUUCGGAAAGAGAUGAGUUUCAGCAAAAUACAGUGCAGCCAUUAUUUGAUCUCAGACUUGACUUGCAAACGCGAAUGAAAGAGAUUAGAGAUGGUAAGAGUGGUCAUGACGUGAACAACACGGGCAAACAAAUACAACAAGUACUGACAUCGGUUACGGAACAGCAAGGAAGUGUGUUGAGUCUUUUAUUAGCAGAGCAAGUAGCAUUAGAAACGGAGUUGCAUGAUGCUAUGAAGAUGUGUCAAAUUGACGAUACAGAAGAUAUGAGUUGGAAUGUUGAAGACAAUGAAGAUCUUUUUGGUGUGCCUGACCAGGUUUUGAAAUGGAGUUGUCCAGAUGAGUCACUGAGAUCUGACGUCAUAAAAGAGUUUCAUCGGCUGGAUGGAAAAUACCUUGUACAUCUUGAAGAUUUGAAGCAAAAGUACCACCACUGUCUCAGUUCUGCUUAUGGUGGCUGGUCACAUGCUGAUCAUCUACACUUCUGUUAUAUCAUUGAACAAUAUCCUGCAGAUAUUCCUCAACGACGAAAGCUUUUGCUAGAUAGACUUCAUAGAGAAAUGCCUCACCUUGCAAGACAGCAGUUGGUAGAGCAUGAAGACUGGUAUUUGUCACGUCAGUACUAUACUCAAAGAAGGCAUGCUCUCAGAAGUGCCUGGUCACGUGAUAGACAUGAUCUCUUGACUAAAGUAAGUCAUGUGUUUGAGGAAGCAUGUUGGAGACAACAGGAAGCUGAUGAAACUGCAAAGGCUAGACAUAUGCAGAAACAAAUUUGUCGUGAUUUGUCAGAUAAGGUGUCUGAAUUAAGACAGCAGAAAUUGGAAUUACUGGAGAUCAAAGCUGCUAUUGAAAGUCGUCAAAAUGAAGCAGAACUAAAGAAAAAGCAACUUGAGGAGGAGAAGCAACUACAGAAGAGGCAAGCUCAGCGGCAGAAACUGGAUGAGUAUUACAGUCAGGGUGAGAAAAUGAGGAAAGAGGCUGAAACAAGGGAUCGAGAAAGAUUGUUGCAGUUGUGUGCUGAAAUGUCUAAACAGGCCAUAAGAGACAAGGAAAGAGUGGAAUAUAGGCAAUAUGAAUAUUCAAAGAAGGUUCAGGCUAAAGAAGAAGCAUCAAAAGAAGCACUUCUUCAAUCAGAAGCGAAAGAACAGGAGCUAGAAAGGCUACGCGAGAAAGUGCGUGUGACAGCAGAGAGCAACCCUGUGAGAAUGAUGCAGUCAACUGAGGCCUCGACUGCUAAACUCUCUCUUGCUACAAGAAAAGAACUGGAUCUGCAGCAGUCACUGUUUCCUGUUAAUGGUUAUACGGAUGAGCAGGUGACCUCGGACAUGCGUUUUAGAGUAACUGCUGCAUUGCGUGAUGCCAACAUGUUGCAAAGUGAUUAUGCAAAGUACAUACUGGCUCAAAUCAAACCAUUUCAGCCUCCACGUAGAGACCAGGAAUCAACGCUGUUCAAAAAUUAAAGAAUCUACAACUGAGGAAUGUAAACCAGCUAUUUAGACAAACUCUUUGGUCAGGAAUGUAAGGUUUGUGCUAGUAUCUUUAUCUCUAAAGAUUGGUCUUCUUGAGCUCAAAACUACAUGUUUGCUGUAAAUUUUUGGGCCAUUGGUUUGCAUCAUACCUUGUCAAUGUUCAAUUGAAUAGCAUCCAUCAUGGGAAUCUCCCAGUGGUCAAUGA